CAGGUUGAGCUGUCAUUACCUCGACGCGUCGGAGCCUUACUGUGGGCCUGUUGUGGUUUUUUUAUUUUUUUGUUAUUAUUAUUAUUAUUAUUAUUAUUAUUCAUCUUAUUAUUCAUCUUAUUAGAAAAAAACCCAACUAAACCGUUGUCGACUUGGCGUCGUUAUUACACACCAAAAGGACGCGAACCUGCUGACUUUGUGCGAUAACGCUGCUAUGGCGGAGGUACCAGGCACGUCGAGUGAGACGAUAACGGAGACCGUUCAGGCAGCCACACCGCCGCCUCCUCAGCAGGAAGGAAGAAGCUUGACCAUCAAGCUUCGAAAAAGGAAGACAGAAAAAAAGGUUGAGUGGUCCAGUGACACAGUGGACAAUGAACACUUGGGUAGGAGGUCCUCAAAAUGUUGUUGCAUUUACGAGAAGCCUCGACAGUUUGGCGAGUCCUCCUCGGAGAGUGAGGGAGAGGAUGACGAAGGCUGUGGUAGUGCCCACUGCAUUCUUGGACAUGGGAGAGGUCAUGGACAGAGAGAGAGCAGUGGGAACACGGUGCCCCCUAGCUCUGGGGGUACAAACCCUCACUAAUUAUGAGUGAGACAGUUCAAUUGGUGGCAAAAGUAAAACGCAGGGUGGACAACGCAUUCAUAAUUUUCCAUCCAACUACUCACACUGUAAAUCACUGCAUUUCUGCAUUUCAAACAAGGUUGAUGAAGAGCAGAAACUUGUAGGUAAAUGCAGGGUGACAUUUAAAAAAAAAUUCUGUCUCUUAACAAUGUAAUUAGUAGAAAGACUUAACAGUUCUUGCUAUCUGAAUGCUGUGGAAAUUUUGGAUUUGUUGUACAUAGGACACUGGUUUCAAUUUCCUUUUAUAAAGUGUUCUUUAUUUAUUUGUCUUAAAUGUUAAGAUCAUACAAGUUCUGUCUCUUCCCAUAGUUUCUUCUUUUAUUGCAAGUUAAAAAAAAUGAUCAAGAGCCCUUAUGAAGCUUGAGCCAGUGGUCGUAUAGAGUAGUGACAUGUCGUAGUAUGUAUUAUCAAAACAUCUGGCUCUAAAGUUGGGGCCUCUGGUUAGAAUGCAGUGUUCCCAGUCCAAAGACUUUGAGGUUGUAGACCCCAAAGAACAAGGCCAGUAUCCUCUCUUAAAACAACACACUGAUACAAAAUGGUAUUUACUAUUGGAGACAAAUUAGAAGAAAGAAAGAACUAACCUUAGGACUUUUACAAAGAUGUAAUAGAGUUGUGAUUCUUGCAGUGAUGUAAAUGAUUUCUUACUGAGGGCAUAUAUACCUACAUAAUUUUUUUUUCAUAUGAAGUACUUCACAUGGUGGAAAGUAAAAAUAGUGAGAAACCACUUUCACUCAUAGCAUGUAUCUCAUGGUGAAUAAUUUUGUGUCAUUGCUUUUGAUAGUGACACUACUGAUACUUUUCUUGCUGACAAUCAGACAUGUAAAGUCAUGAGAGUAAACUUGGUAAAAAGCAUCACGCAUAUACAAAAAUCAGGACGCUUCACCAAGGAAAAGAUGACUAGUACUGAGCUCUGGUUUUGAGAAGCCUGGCUAAAUGGCACUAAAAUUAUACAUUUUGUAUUUGUGAAAUGGGCUUGAAGUUAGAUUCUCAGUUACAUGUGUGUGAAAGACCUACUAGGGUAAAGGAAGCAAAGACACAGGCAAUUAGUACUGUUGAGUUAAAAAGUCUCUGGUACACACCCCUGAAUUAUAGUGACACUUAAGCCUGAAAUAAUGAUUUCAUUGUUAGUCCCUCUUCUUCAGUGUUGUGGGUAGAUAAAACCAAAACAUCAACAGUGCAUAGCGAGCACCAUACUGAAAUAGUGGAGUGUGUGGAGACAGGGCCUGUGUCAGGAUAUCUUAAGGCUGCCAUACUUACUAGCUGUGAUUAAAACUACAGCAUAAAUGAGACCACACGUGUGUUCAUUUUUUUUUUUUCCAUUCAGAGUUCUUCAGUUUGUAGGCUAAAACGAGCAGCUAUGCAUCGGAAAUGGCGCAGGCAAUAAGUAAAAUCAAGCAGUGGAAUAUGAGAAGCACAUGUAAUGCGCAUGGUAUUACACAAAGGAUCCAUGGAUGUGGCCUUCUCCACUUACACUUCUUUCCAGGAUUAUGUUUAUUUUGAGUAAACCUGGGGGAGAUGAGGCCUAUAUAGAUCAGUAUGGAUGACAAAAGCCUAUGAAAAGUUGUCUCCUCCUGCACUGAAUUACAGCUGUUUACAGUCCAUUCCUUUAAGGAAUUUUGUAACACUCACACGUGUGCCACCAUUUUCUACUACACCAUGAAAGUACUGAGGUUUGUGUACUGUGAAUGCACUUCUAUGUACAUAGCAGAAGUCAUAAUAGAGCAGAUAUAACAUGAAUCUGCCAAACUGCUGUAAAUGAAUAAAUAGAUCAAAAAUA